GUGGAACGUUUAUUUCAAACGAUAUACAUUACCAAUCUGGAAACGAUUUCCGCGAAGGCCUUCGGAUGUCUAACGAACAAGAAAAAGCUACCUUCAACGGUGGAGGUGAAGGAACGAUCCAACCAAAUGAACAGGCUACCGGUCAGUCAUCUGGAUCAGUUCCAACUGCUAUUGUGCUGCAAAAUGAAGCAACCAAGAAAGAAAAAUCUGGGUUUGUUACUCAUGAUGCGAAUAUGGCUGAAUACAAGAGAAAGGGUAAGGGUAAGGUUGUUCACAACAACAAAGGCCCUGCUACGCCCAACAAGGGUGGCAACAAGAUAGCACCUCAACCCUCCACUAGCUUUAAAAAGCAAGGUGAGCAAGGUGAAUUCAAGAAAUCUGCUAUGAAGUGUACCUUCUGUCACAAGAAAGGUCACAAAGCUGCCGAGUGUCACAGCAAAGCUAGGGCGGCGAAGAGUCAAACCAAUCAAGCAAAUUUGACUGAAGGUGACCUCUGUGCGGUGGUCACUGAAGCAAAUGUGGUGAUGACCAACGAAAGCCCAAUGGAGUGGUGGUACGACACUGGAGCGACCACCCACAUCUGCAUCAACAGAGACAUGUUCAGCACCUAUCAGAAAUGCAAGUCUUGUGAGAAUCUGAUGAUGGGCAACGUGUCUCACUCCAAGAUUGAGGGUACCGGCAAGGACUCUGAUGAACAAGCAUGGUUUUGCCAUCAACCUCGAGUCCGACCAGCUGAUCCUGAGGAAGAAUGGUGUCUUUAUUGGCAAAGGUUUUGUUAAGGGAGGACUGAUCAAAAUGUGUGUUCAGACAGUCCUCAAGAAAGAUGAUGUAGCUUCUACUUCUGUUUCCAACAAUUCCAUCAAUAAAAAUUUAGUUGCUUA